ACAGCUCACUUCUCUGCACGUGCCUUGUGAGUUGUAUCCUGAGCUGCCACUAUGUAGCGUUUCACGUUCUUGAGGAUUUUAUACUUCACAUAAUUAAUGUGUGCUGAUAUUAUCUUUCACACAGGGCUGGUUGUUCCCUGCUGUCAGACAAGGGCUGUUAUCUGUUCUCUAAGAAUUACUGGUUAUUAAUGAUUUACAGGGCUGCCUUUUGCCUGGUGCUUCGCAUCGCUUUUGUUCAUCUAUUCAUCAGUGAGAAUCAGGAAGCACUGUAUUUAAUGAGAAAGCCUGUACUAGAACUAAUUUGGGGAUUCUGGUGGCUCAGACAUCACGCAGCGCUGGGUGGAACGCUGUUGUUUGUGACGGGUAACACUUCCACCGCCAUUUUACACAGCGCAAGUCUCUGCCUUUCGUGCAGAAUCCCACAGCGAUUCGGAUCUUGUGUGUUUAUUUGGUCACGGCGGGAGCGAUCGGCGCGGAUACACCUGCGCUUGUACCGUCGUGGAUGCAGGAGGGGCAGUGAGGGCGGGGUGAGGGUGGGAGGAGGAGGUUAUGCCGCACCGCCCUCAUUUCCGCACACGCUGCUUCCGCGGCAGCAGAUUCGUCAUUUUUCCUCGUCGGCCCGCUUUAUUAAUUUCUUCUUAUUUCUCCUUUCUUUUUCCUCCCGCCCCGCGUACCUCUGUAUCAGGAGUGUUAGGGUCGCCCUACGCUCUGUUCUCCCUUCUUACUUGGAGGCAGAGCCCGUCCCGCCCCGGUGUCGAAACGGCGAAGCGGGGUGGGGGGGGGCGCCUCUUUUACUCGCCGCGGCGCGCGACGUGGAGCUGCGGGCAGGCGAGCGGCGGCGCUGACAGGAGCGGCGAGGCGGGCAGGGCCCGGCGCAGCGGCUCGACAUGGGGGGCUUUUUCUCCACCAUCUUUUCCAGUUUGUUUGGAACUCGAGAGAUGAGGAUUCUGAUCCUGGGGCUGGAUGGAGCCGGAAAAACAACCAUCCUGUACAGGUUACAGGUUGGAGAAGUUGUUACCACCAUUCCAACAAUUGGCUUCAAUGUUGAAACAGUGACAUACAAGAAUCUGAAAUUUCAAGUUUGGGAUCUGGGAGGACAGACAAGCAUAAGGCCAUACUGGCGAUGUUACUAUUCCAAUACAGAUGCAGUCAUUUAUGUAGUGGACAGCUGUGAUCGAGACAGAAUUGGCACUUCAAAAUCAGAGCUUGUUGCUAUGCUGGAGGAAGAAGAAUUGAAGAAAGCCAUUUUGGUGGUGUUUGCAAAUAAGCAGGACAUGGAACAGGCCAUGACUCCCACAGAAAUGGCAAAUGCACUGGGCUUACCAGCACUGAAGGACAGAAAAUGGCAGAUAUUCAAAACUUCUGCUACUAAAGGCACUGGGCUUGAUGAAGCAAUGGAAUGGUUGGUGGAAGCCUUGAAGAGUAGACAGUGAUACAAAGCUGACAAUUGCCAAGAAGUUUCAACUACGUCCAGCAUCCCUCUUUCUGCAGUCAAGUAUGGUCAGGCCACAAGUACUUGUAAAUAGGGCAGGUUUGCAUUUGGGUCACGUAAUGUGGAUGCCUCUCUUCAGAUAGAAAACUGAACCCAAGUGGAUGUCUGUGUACAUUAUGACCUUCAUUUUCUUUCUUUAUGUUUAAAGAUGUGCUUAAUAAUUUGUAUGAAAGUUUUUCUGGAGGGCAAAGGGAUUUAUAUAUUCUUUUUCCAUUCACUGGGUAGUUUGAAGUUGGUGUGGUUACUCUAUUUGUGUAAUUAAAACACUAAUAAAAUCCACAAUGAUCAGCUGUACUUAAA